GAGUUCUCUCCAUCAUCUUUUCUACAGUACUUUACGUACGCCCAAUGUAGACCACUUUUGACAUAUCUCUUUGUUCUAAUUUCUACAUCCUCGCUGUUGAAAUAUGCCUACUGAUUUCGUUCACUUGUCACUACAAGUCUACUACACUUACAAAGCAAAUAGAAAAACCUGGCAAGCCACAAUACCUCAUGGCAAUGGAUAAUUUUCAUAGAAAGCUAUUGUUCCUGAAGAGUAAUGGCAUGUCGAUGUUUAUAUCUAAAUUUAUACUAUUGAAUAAUGGAGGCGAUAAUGUUCUGCUAAACCCAAUUGUCCUGCGUUUCUUUACUGGUUCUUUGCACUUGGUUUUGCUGCUUGUUCUGUUCAUAUUAUGGAUUUUCAAGAAAAUCACGAAGAGGCAAAACCAGAGUGUUAGGCGAACCAGGCUCUUGUAUUCCAAACCAACCCUGUUUUGCUGUAUCGGUUUUUCAUUGUUUAAUUUUGUUUUGUGUCUAUUGAACCACUUUUAUCCGUAUUCACAUGGUUGGUCUGAUGAAAAGAUUCUAAAUUUACUAGAUUUGGGAGCAAAGACACUAGCUUGGUUAGGUCUUUCUGUUUUCUUGCACUCACAGUUCUUUAAUUCAGGUGAAACUAAGUAUCCAAUUGUUUUAAGGCUCUGGUGGGGGAUUUUCUUAGUUAUUUCUUGUUAUUGCCUAGCAAUAGACUUUGUUUAUUACCAGAAGCACCAAAAUUUAUCAACUCUAUAUUGGGUGUCUGAUAUUGUUUCCACUGUUAUGGGUUUAUUCUUCUGUUGUGCGGAAACUUUGUGUAAGAAAGUCAACGAAGAUAACCUUCUUCAGGAACCCCUUUUAAACGGUAGUGUUACUAGUGGUAGAGAGUCUGAGAUACCUUCCACUGGGGAUGAAAUUGUUACCCCUUAUGCAAAUGCUAGUAUUUUUAGUAUCCUUACUUUCUCUUGGAUGAGCCCUUUGAUUUCUGCUGGUAAUAAGAAAGUAUUGAAUCUUGAGGAUGUCCCUCAACUUGCCAGUUUUGAUAGCGUUAGAGGCGCAUUUCUGAUUCUAUACAAUAAGUUAGAGUCUGAUACUGGGAGAAAUAAUAGAGUGACUGCACUCAUUCUGGCAAAGGGACUGAUAUUCACAAUUCGGAAGGAAAUUGCACUCUCAGCUGUCUACGUGCUUGUGAAUACAUUGGCUUCUUAUGUUGGUCCAUACCUUAUUGACACACUUGUUCAAUACCUAACUGGACAUCAAGAUUUCCAAAAUGAAGGCUGUUUGUUAGUUUCCGCAUUCUUCAUCUCAAAGCUCGUUGAAUGCUUGACCCAAAGACACUGGUAUUUUAAGGUGCAGCAAGCUGGAUUUAGGGCCAGGGGAGCAUUGAUUGCUAAAAUAUACAAUAAGAGCUUGACACUUUCGAGCCAAUCAAAACAGGGACACUCCACGGGGGAGAUCAUUAAUUUUAUGUCAGUUGAUGCUGAGAGGAUUGGUGACUUCGAAUGGUAUAUACAUGAACCAUGGAUAGUACUCGUGCAGAUUGGUUUGGCCCUAGUUAUCUUAUAUAAAAAUCUUGGGCUUGCUUCUCUUGCUACACUUGUUGCCACAGUUUUGGUGAUGUUAGCAAAUGUACCCUUGGGGAGUGUAGAGGAGAAAUUUCAGAAUAAGUUAAUGGAAUCUAAAGACAGAAGGAUGAAGGCUACAUCUGAAGUCUUGAAGAACAUGAGGAUCCUUAAGCUUCAGGCUUGGGAGAUGAAGUUUUUGUCCAAAAUUCUUGAGCUUAGGGAAAACGAGAUUGGAUGGUUGAGAAAAUAUGUGUACACUAAAGCCAUGUCGACACUCGUCUUUUGGAGUGCCCCUACAUUUGUUUCUGUGGUAACUUUUGGUGCUUGUUUGCUAAUGGGAAUUCCCCUCGAAUCAGGGAAGAUACUCUCUGCACUUGCAACCUUUAGAAUCCUUCAAGAGUCUAUUUACAGUCUUCCCGAUACAAUCUCUAUGCUAGUACAGACUAAAGUUUCUCUUGAUCGAAUUGCAUCUUUUCUCUCUCUCGAAGACAUGCAGCCUGGUGUUAUAGAGAAGCUUCCAAUGGGUAGUUCUAACAUAGUUGUUGAGAUAAUAGAUGGGAAUUUUGCUUGGGAUGCAUAUUCUCCUAGUUCAGCUUUAAAAGAUAUUAAUCUCAGAGUAUUUCAUGGCAUGAGAAUUGCCAUUUCUGGUGCCGUUGGUUCAGGCAAGUCAAGCUUACUCUCUUGUAUUCUGGGAGAAAUGCCAAAAAUAUCUGGAAAUGUCAAGCUCUGUGGAUCAAAGGCAUAUGUUGCUCAGUCACCCUGGAUUCAGAGUGGCAAAAUUGAAGAGAACAUACUGUUUGGUAGGAAGAUGGACAGACAAAGGUAUGAUAGGGUCAUUGAAGCAUGUUCCUUAAGGAAAGACUUGGAACUCCUACCAUUUGGUGAUCAAACAGUCAUCGGUGAGAGAGGGAUCAACUUGAGUGGUGGGCAAAAGCAGAGGAUACAGAUUGCACGUGCUCUAUAUCAAGAAGCUGACAUUUAUCUGUUUGACGAUCCAUUUAGUGCCGUUGAUGCACAUACAGGAACCCAUCUGUUCAAUGAAUGUAUAUUGCGGAUUCUGGAUUCUAAAACCGUUAUUUAUGUUACACAUCAAAUGGAGUUUUUACCUGCUGCACAUCUCAUAUUGGUUAUGAAAGAUGGAAGGAUUACACAAGCUGGAAAGUAUCAUGACAUUCUCGAAUCAGGAACUGACUUCAUGCAUCUUAUUGGUGCACAUAAAGAAGCUUUAUCUGCUCUCAGUUUCACUGAGGUGGGGGCAGUGACUAUUGGUGAGGGAAAUAGUUUCUCAGGGAAUGCUAAGAAUGUUUUGCUGAAAAAGGAAAGUCGAGAUGCUCAAAAUGGUGAAGCAGACAAUAUUAUGGGAACAAAGGGACAGCUUGUUGAAGAAGAAGAAAGAGAGAAGGGUGGAGUUGGUUUGUCAGUCUACAAGAAAUACAUCAUGACAGCAUAUGGAGGAGCCCUCGUGCCGUUUAUAUUGUUAGCACAAAUUCUGUUUCAGUUGCUUCAAAUUGGAAGCAAUUACUGGAUGGCUUGGGCAACUCCCAUCUCAAAGGAUGUACCACCUCCAGUGGGAGGCUAUACCCUUAUCAUUGUCUAUGUUGCUUUUGGUAUUGGAUGUUCUUUUUGUACGCUUGCCAGAGCUUUGCUUCUUGUGACGGCUGGCUGUAAGACAGCCAUGAUACUUUUCGAGAAAAUGCAUCAGUGCAUAUUUCGGGCCCCCAUGUCUUUCUUCGACGCCACUCCAAGUGGGAGAAUUCUGAAUAGAAUAUCUACUGACCAAAGUGCAGUGGAUUUAGACAUUCCAUUUCAAGUUGGAACAUUUGCCUUUUCGAUUGUACAGCUUCUGGGAAUCAUUGGAGUAAUGUCACAAGUCGCAUGGCCGGUCUUCAUCAUCUUCAUUCCAGUGAUUGCAAUUAGCGUGUGGUUGCAGCGAUAUUACAUACCUUCAGCACGAGAAAUGUCACGAUUGAUUGGAGUGUGCAAAGCUCCAGUCAUACAGCACUUUGCUGAGACACUCUCAGGAUCGAGCACAAUUAAAGGUUUUGAUCAGGAAUCUAGAUUCUGUGACAUGAGCAUGAAACUGAUAGAUGGAUAUUUGCGGCCAAAAUUCCACAAUGCUGGUGCUAUGGAGUGGCUUUGCUUUCGGUUGGACAUAUUAUCCCUAAUUACUUUUGCUUCUUCAUUGGUUAUCUUAAUCUCUGUUCCAAAGGGAACAAUUGAUCCGAGUAUUGCGGGAUUGGCAGUGACAUAUGGGUUGAAUCUAAACACAUUGCAAGCUUGGUUUGUUUGGAAUCUUUGCCUUAUGGAAAAUAUGAUAAUUUCAGUUGAAAGAAUACUUCAGUACACUUGUAUCCCUACGGAGCCCCCUCUUGUUGUAGAAUCAAAUAGGCCUUCAAGUCAUUGGCCUACACAUGGAGAAGUCAAUAUCCGCGAUCUUCAGGUCCGAUAUGCCCCGCACCUGCCUCUUGUCUUACGAGGACUUUCAUGCACUUUCUUUGGUGGUAAGAAGACUGGAAUAGUAGGGAGGACGGGCAGUGGUAAAUCAACUCUUAUACAGACUCUCUUCCGCAUUGUCGAACCAGCUGGUGGACAAGUAUUGAUUGAUGGUGUCAAUAUCUCAUCAAUUGGACUGCAUGAUUUGAGAUCUAGAUUGAGCAUAAUACCACAGGAUCCAACCAUGUUUGAGGGGACAGUUAGAAGUAACAUGGAUCCCCUAGAAGAGUAUACAGAUGAGCAGAUUUGGGAGGCUCUUGAUAAAUGCCAGCUUGGAGAUGAGGUUCGAGAGAAGGAAGGCAAGCUUGAUUCCACAGUUUCUGAGAAUGGAGAUAACUGGAGUGUCGGCCAAAGGCAGCUCGUUUGUCUUGGACGUGUUCUACUUAAGAAAAGCAAGGUUCUGGUGCUAGAUGAGGCCACAGCAUCAGUAGACACAGCAACUGAUUAUCUGAUUCAACAGACUCUUAGGCAGCACUUCUCUGAUUGCACCGUUAUAACAAUUGCACACAGGAUAACAUCUGUGCUCGACAGUGAUAUUGUUCUAUUACUAGAUCACGGACUUAUUAAGGAAAAUGAUUCUCCAGAAAAGUUGCUCGAGGACAAGUCAUCUUCAUUUUCAAAGCUCGUAGCUGAGUACAGUAGGAGAUCAAGUCCCAGUUAUGGAAAUUCAACAAACAUCUGAGCAUAAGAUCUUCCCCAUGUUCAUUAACCCAAACAACGAGCCUUUCUGUCACCGGUGGUCCUCUAGCACUCAAGUCACAUCGGGGUCUAGAUCCAACCUCGGCCUGAAUAUAGUUGAAAGAAUUCUAACCUUCGAUUGACAUGAUGAUGUCAAAAUCCUGUGAAGGUAACAAUCCUAGAUGCAUAUUCUGGACUUGUUUGAUUGCAAGAGUUUUGUUGCGGAGAAGAUGGGUGAGGGUCAUGCAGUUGACAAAUAAUAUGGCAUUUCCCAAGCUUCUGCACUGUAAUCAUAAUGCAAGAUUCUUGCAAUUUAUACGAACCAGCAGAUGCAACUAAUUAUGUUUUUCUAGUAUGUCAUCAUGUCCAUUAUUUCUAGAAUAAUACUGGAUGAAUUUUCUACAUUUCAAGUCGAUAGCAUCACAACUACACUAAGCACCUUGUUUGAAGCCUGCCGCUAAUUUAUUGGCUUCCUUGAUUAUUGUUACGUGUGUUUCUUGUUA